ACAAACAAACAAACAAAGUAGGAUAAACGCAGCUGUCCUCGAAGAAUUGAUUGGGCCUUGUUCACAAGGAAUGGUUUCAAUAAACUGAUAAAAGUCAACUUUGGUCAUCCAAUUCACACCCAAUACUGCUUUUUAUCAAGACCUCCUCCUCCUCCUCCUAUACUAGAGAGAGAGAGAGAGAGUGAGAGAUGGAGCUCAAGCAUUCUAGCCACGAGCAUCCAUUGAUCUUCAAUACAGAGCAUAAGAGUGAUGGAAUCGACAGUUUCUGCUAUGGAUGUGAGCAACCAGUAUCGGGUCCUUCUCCUUCCUACAGUUGCAGCCAGUGCAGGUUUUUCUUGCACAAACUGUGUGCAGAACAACCCGAACAGGUAGUAAAACACCACUUACACCCCGAUCACCCUCUUCUCUUUCAACAUCAACCUUAUCGCUACAAACACACAGAAUGUUCUGCCUGCAGGGGAACGCUUAAGAGGUUCUCCUACAUCUGCCCCUCCCCCUCCUGCAACUUCAGGCUCGACGCAGUUUGUGCUUCCAUGGGAUACAGGAUUCAACAGCAGGUUGAAGACACAAGAUUUCACAAACACCCACUGAUCCCCUUGCACAAGCCAGCCUUGUUUCUCUGUGAUGCUUGCGGCAAAGAACAUAGAGACGCCUCAUUUCUAUGUUCCACCUGUGGAUUCUGGGUCAGCCAGCAAUGUGCUUCUUUACCCAGCAUCAUUCCACAUAGUGAUCGCCAUCGUCACCCUCUCACGCUCAUCCAUUCUCAUCCAUCUAGAUAUACGAAAUUCUCAACAGUCUGUGAAAUCUGUAGUGAUCAAGUGAACAUCUCAUACUGGGUUUAUUGUUGUGCCAAAUGCAAAUACUAUGCACAUCUGUAUUGUGCACCGUUGCAGCCGGAGCUUCCCAGGGAUGGGGAAACGGAGGAUGAAGACGAAGAUCUUGACCCCAAUCCGAUCAGCUUGCCAAUGCCUGAUGAAUCUGUUGAUAUGAUAACCGAAUUUAUGAAGGAGAUCCGCCUAAAAGGGGCAAAUAAGAAAGCAAAACAGAUCAGCCAUGAGAAAGACAGAGAGAUCAACCACGAGAGUCAUGACCAUCCAUUAACUUUUUUUGACAUUCAAAUCAAUGAUGAAUCGAGUUUUGGAAGCAAACAGAAGUUUGUCAAAAAUGAUACUACGAACAAUGACAAAAUAUGCAACGGGUGUGUACGGCCUAUUUCAGCUUCAUUUUAUAGUUGCACUGCAUGCAACUUCUUUCUCCAUGUGUGGUGUGCAAAACUACCCAAUACCUUGGACUGCGCAUGUCACCCGGAACACAAUCUUCACAGGAAAUUUUCCCAAGACACAGGUCAGUUAGUCCUUUGCCAAGGCUGCAAAACCGAUUGUAAUGGGUUUGUGUUUGGGUGUGUUGAUUGCAGCUUCUUUGUGGAUGUCAAAUGUGCUUCACUGCCAAGUGCUAUCACACAUAAAGCUCACACCCACACUCUCACGCUAAGGAGAACAUCUGGUGAUGAUGUUCAGUGCACCGCAUGCAAUUGUACUUUUUCUGGGCUCACAUUCAUCUGUGACGAUUGCAACUUUAUCCUAGACACUUGAUGUGCACUGUUACCAGGUACGGUUAGGCAUAGAUACGAUAAACACCCCUUCGCCCUAACCUAUUCUCUGAGCCUGAUCGAAAGCAUGGAUGAGUAUUACUGUGAAAUCUGUGAGGGAGAAAUAAAUUUGAAGCUUUGGUUCUAUCAUUGUGGAGAUUGCAAUCAAUC